AGAAAAGGUAGUUCUGGAUCAAGCAGAGUAAAACUAUCACUUUAUCAUCAUGCAGUCUUCCACUUUCCUGAUGGCCAUCCUGGUGGUUGCCCUGGUAAUGUUGUUCAGCACUCCGGCAGCUGAGGGCACCUUCCUCCUGAUUGCCUGCAUGUUGCGUUCACCGCUUUGCCCGUGGAUUACCACCGCAUCCACCACCACGGCCGCCGCUGCCGAUAAAAAAUAAUUUAAUGAAAAUAAAAUAGAGUAAACCCUCUCGAUCUGGAGAAAAUAUUCUACUAAGACCAGAAA